AUGUAUCUCCAGUCGGUCCAGGCCUAUGGUCCUACCCUAUCUGGCGUAGGCCUAGUUCCGAUCAUCGGCGGCCUCAUCCCUACCUCUAUUAUCGUGGGAGGAUUUAUGACGCGCUUGGGCAGCUACCGUUGGGCGAUCUGGUCCGGAUGGGCAACCAUCAUCGUCUCAACCGCGUUAUUGAUUAUCCUGUCGCAUACUACACCCACAUACGGCUGGAUCCUGAUCUUUCUCACCAUAGGACCUAGCCAUGGUCUCGUCCUGACUUCCCUCAACUUCGCGCUGCAAGCACUUGCUAAAGAGCGCGAUGGCGCAUAUGCUGCUGCCAUGGGUCUAGACGAGCAUGUUGCUAAAGACGCAGAGGCGUUCAUCCUGGUCUUGAACUCGAUGCCGGACAGCGCAGAAAUGGUGUCCUAUCGUGUUGCAUACGCUGAGGCAUUUCGAAAUCUUUUUGAGGUGCUGUUGGGCGUCGCGGUGUUGGCUGGCGUCGCGAGCGCCUUCAUCAAGCAUGCGAGUAUGGACAGAGCAUUGGAUUCUGAGCAUGUGCUCAAUGAGCAGGAGGAAAAUUCGAAGGCAUAG